AUGUCGUUCAACUACCACACAUUACCAGCGUGCAAUCGCUGUCGCAAGCGAAAAUCUCGUUGCGACAUCGGCCGUCCGCUCUGUGGGCCUUGCAAAGCUGCAGGUACACACUGUGAGUUCAUGCACGCCACCACGGGGCAGAUCAUCUCUCGGUCGUAUAUCUAUCAAUUAGAAACUCAGCUGGGAAGACUGGAAGCGGAGAACAAUGCAAGAUAUGAAAAUAAUGAUGAGCAAAUUUCAAGCACGGACAACAAACACCUAAGAGAACAAUGUGCGGACUCUUCGGAGAAAGGAGCGAAUAGUGAUGGAGGAGAAGGUUCAAAGGCACAUGCAGACUUGAUCAUGCUUGGUGAGGUCGAUGGUGAUGCCCAUUUUCUAGGCCUUUCAAGUGGCAUUCAUCUUGCCCGAGCAGUGUUGGAGUCUGCUGCUGCUCAGAAGAAAGAUACUAGUCAUGACAACGAUGCUGGACUAAGUUCCCUUGCAGACGAAGAUAGUCGCGACAAAGUCCAGCCAAACCAUUCCCUAAACCAAGGUCGCUCUUCGGAACCUACAUCUGUCAGUUCUCAGCAACGCCAACUCCCAUCUCGUGAAGUGGUUGCGAGUCUCAUAGAGAUAUUCUUUUCGCGGUGUCAAUUUCCGUACGCGAUUCUCGAAAAAGAUGAGUUGAUCAAGGAGGUAGCAGAGUUAUACGAUUAUUCUUCGCUGCAGCCACAUUCUUCAAAUUUUUCUCUCGAACAAUCAACACCAUCACUUGAUCAAAUCAAGACAAGGUUCAUGCUAUACAUGGUGCUCGCAAUUGCUCUUCUCUCCGGGGUUGAUGGGAAGCAACCAGAAGAACUUGUAGUCGCACGAGCCAAAAGCUACUACUCGAACGCGAUAGUCAAGUUAACAGACAUAAUCCAAUCCAAAGAUGAACGGUCUUUACAAUGUCUUCUUCUUUUCCUCUUCUAUUCGCUUCAACAUUCAACCAGUGCCCCAAUCUGGUAUAUUUCUGGAUUAAGUGUGCGCAUGUGCAUUGACCUGGGACUGCACACUGAAAGAGCAAUUUCUUUGAAUCAUGGAUCGGUAAGUCGAGAAGAAAGCAAAAAGGCGAUGGACCGGAAGAGGAGGCUCUUUUGGACCACUUAUUCGUUAGACCAAACUUUUAGUCUCAUCUUGGGACGACCGUUCGCAUUCAAACAUGGAAGAACGGACGUGGAAUAUCCCUCUAUGACUUUGCAUGAGAGUCAAAGAGCGCAGUUCAUUCACUGGCUGCAAUUACAAGAAUUGCAGAAUGAAAUUAUCUCUCAGCUGUAUCUAUCCAAGGGAGACUGGGACGGGAAACAAGAUGCUGCAACGAUGAACUGUAAUAACCCACAGAAUGAUUUUCUGGAGUCCAUGGAGAGGAAAUUGAAUCAGUGGAAAGACCAUGGAUUGGAGAUUUCCAGCCUUGAAAAAUAUUCUCAUGACUGGUGGACAUUCUGGUAUUUCAAUACCAUUCUCCUUUUAAAACGCCCAUCUCCAAGAAACCCAGUGUCUACCGAUAAACACAUGCUAUCUUGCUACUCAGCCGCGAUCUCAAUAAUACAGAUUGCAUUUGUACAGCUAGACCACGAUAUCAGGUCAAUGACCUUCACUUGGAGCGAUGUGCAUCAUGUGAUAAUGGCUGGAAUUACCUUUCUGUUCACAUUAUGGGAUUUUCCGGAAGCGCGUGUGCAGGCCAGGAAGGAUAUACUGGCUGUCCGGGCAUGCCUCGGACAGCUGAGAGUUGUGAUUGACAAAGUGAGUAUCCGAUGGCCGCAAAUAGGCCGUACGCAACAGGUUUUGAAAGCUUUAACUCGAGACACUAUUGAGUUUCUUGAAUAUGGAAAGGGGAGUAAAGAACGGAGAGGUCGUUCCUCGAUGCAGAGGACAGGUCAUGUCCAUGCAGAACACCGUGACAGUUUUCAAGAAUUGCCAGGAGACUCUAUGCAGCCACUAGAUGUUUCGAACCACUACAGUCCUGCUUCAUUACACGAUCGGAAUAUUAUUCAAUCGGAAGCACAUAAGAGCGACCCUAAAAUGUUUCGUCGGAAUAUCUACCUGUCACCUCACAGCCCAUUAUCUACUCAUUCUAUCACCCUACCACAUACACAGCUUACCCAUAACUUAUCGCAGGAAAAAACAACGUGUACCCUACCAGCAGGCGUCGAGGGCAUUACGACACCGGCGACAUGGUCCAAUCAUAACAUCGACCAGACCAACACCAGCGACAGAUAUGCUCAUGCUGAAUUUUCUUCUCUCAAUGACGGUAAUAGUGAUAAUAAUAUAACUGAUCAACAGUCACUGUGGGAUGACCAUUCGUCUACGCUGUUCCCGGGAAAUAAUGGUUGGGUGGAGCUUCCGUGGGAUAGUAGCUCAAACCAUGACUUUCUAUCUUUUGACAUGAUGGGACUAGGAUUAGCAUCUCGGUUCAACUACCUCGACUUGUUUGGAAAUUUUAGUACUAACGAGCAAGCUUUCCCUUAUAAUAUCUCGGCUGAUAAUUUGAUUCCGAGCCAGGGGUCCUAUAAAAGCGCGCUGAACUUUCAGAGAAGUCCAAAUCCAUAAUUACUUUCUCACACGGUCGACCGUUUUCAAUGUUGUUCUUAUCGCAUACUUUAACCUUUGAUACCCUGCAACUCAUGCGAAAUAAACAAAUCGGAAGUUGAUCUGAGAUUUCCGAAUAUUCCAAUUUCCCCAGAUGAAGUCGGCAGCUCCGUUGAGAUGCGGGGAAGAGCUAAGAAUAUGCGCUACAAAGUGGAGAAUUAAGACAAGAGACCGAAGAAUUGCGGAGGCGCCGAGUUGACACUGAAAUUAUACCAAUUUGUGGGGAUUCGAAACAAUAAUGGAUUCGGUCAUUUUUUCUGAAUCAGUGCGCAUUGGUCCCAAUUUACUUGAGCUUCAGGGUGGAAUUCCAGAGUAUAAAGAGAAAUGUAUACUGCC